CCGGGAGGGAUGUGGCGGCGGGCGGCGGCGGUGGUGGCGGCGGGACGGGGCCUGCGGGGGAUGGCGGGGCGGCGGUGGCGGAGCGGGGCGGGCAGCCCCGACCGCGCCGCUGCCGAGCGGGCCCCGAGGAUCUACACGAGGACGGGAGACUCAGGAUUCUCCAGCACCUUCACUGGGGAGCGGCGGCCGAAGGGCGAUCGGAUCUUCGAGGCCUUGGGAGCCACGGACGAGCUGAGCUCGGCCAUUGGGCUAGCUGGUGAGUUUAGCAGUGAAAAGGGCCACACGUUUGUUGAUCAGCUUCAUAAAAGCUCCAGGUUUGAAAUUGGAGCACAAACCAACCACGAGGGCACAGCAGUGACACAGGUCCUGCCUGGGCAGCCUGUCCAGUGCAUGCUGCAGGAUGUGGGCUCCAACCUCGCCACGCCGCUCUCCUCAGCCAGGGAGGCCCACCGGAAACGAACGUCGUUCAGUGAGAAGCCUGUCCUGGAGCUGGAGCAGUGGAUUGACAGUUACUCAGAGCAGCUCCCUCCCCUCAGAGCCUUCAUCCUGCCUUCUGGAGGCAGGAGCAGUGCUGCUCUCCACUUCUCCCGAGCCGUGUGCCGCAGGGCUGAGAGGUGCGUGGUCCCUUUAGUCCAAGCAGGGGAAGCAGAUCCAAACGUGGCCAAGUAUUUAAACAGGCUCAGUGAUUAUCUCUUUGUCCUGGCACGUUAUGCUGCAAUGAAGGAAGGGAAAGAAGAGAAAAUCUACAUAAAACCUGAGCCAUAGCUGGGAGCUGGAAUGUUUUUUUUCUUGAUCAUGGAAAACUAAAUCCAGUUGACUGCUUUUGUCCAUCAAGGAAGGGAGAGAGAACAAGCCUGGACUGGAAAUGGGAGCUGCCAAGGAUUUCCAUGUGAAAUAACCAGGACCUUGUUGAUAAAUCCUGAGAGGAACAGAAUCACAGAAUAUCCUGAGUUGGAAGAGACCCAAACACACCUGUUGUUCUCUGGGCCUGGUCCACACAUCCCAUGUGGGGAUGGCUCUGGAGUCACUGCUUCUCCCAGGUGGGAGCUGAGGCAGGAGAACGAAUUCCAGUCACAUUUUGGAGAUGCCUUCAUUUCCCUGGGCAGCAGCAGGUGCUAUGGGAAGGCUCUGACAGGACUCUGAGGGAUGAUGAAGGGAAAACAAUCAGCUCCUCCUUUGAAGUCACAGUGCUCAUAUGGAGCAGCAGCUGGAGGCAUUUGGGAAUUGUGUCCACAGCUCUGAAAUAAUAAAUGUGAGUUUCCUUGUACCAAAGGGCCACAAACUGUCACAUUUUAACACUGAGCCCUGUGUGCUUUACUGCUCCAAGUCCCUUCCAAUCCAUCAGCUCUGGCUGGAGCUGAGCUGUACAGAUUUACAGGAAUGCACCAAGAAUUCCUUGGCUCUGGCUGC